AUGAGCGCCCCAGGGAAAGGGCAGGGUGACCUGGAUGUUGUCGAGCUGCGCCAUGCAAGCGGAGCUACGGCCCAGAUCUACUUGUGGGGUGCCACGCUCACCAGCUACAAGACGCCAGAUGGCACAGAGCGAAUUUUUGUGUCACCUGGGGCACUGUUUGAUGGCAAGAAGGCAAUACGUGGAGGCGUGCCUCUCGUUUUUCCACAAUUUGGACAACCAGACAAGGCAAUGGCGCAGCAUGGAUUCGCGCGAACCAGCUUCUGGUCCAUCUCAUCGAUAGAGGACCAUCCCGAAGCGUCCACCGUGAUCCUCACCCUCGCUGACUCUGAAGCAACGCGAAGCGUGUGGAACUUUCCCUUCAGCUUGCAGUAUGUAGUCAGCCUUUCUGCAGUGUCUCUCAACAUGACACUGCGGAUAAAGAACACUGGCGACGCUGCAUUUCCCUUUCAAGCGCUGCUUCACACCUACUUCCGAGUGCCAAACAUCCAAGAGGUGUCAGUCCGAGGGCUUAGAGGCCGCACCUACCUGGACAAGGUGAAGGGCGGUGAGAAAGCAAUCGAAGCUGCAGACGUUGAGCUACCUUCAUUCACCGACCGUGUGUACACUGGUGGCAAGGACGUUGGCAGCGGAGAUGGUGCCAAGGAUGUGACGAUUGGCCAGAGAGGCGGUGGUGCAAUGUAUGCAGUGUGCAAUCAAGGCACAAUUGCCGGCGCCCCCAUGCCCAUAGAGAUCGUCGUGUGGAACCCUUACGAACAGGCAUCACCGGGCGACUUGCCACCGCCCGCCUUCAAGGAGUUUAUUUGCGUAGAGCCGGGCCUCAUUGGACGCACAGCUGAUGACUUUGUGGAAAAGCAUGAACUGCCAGCGAAAGCUGAAGCCUGCUUGUCGCAGAAGAUCAUUCCAAUGUGA